AUGUGGUGCCUUAGAUAUGUGCCGUUGCGCACAGUUCUGUGCCAGAAUUCACGAAUACCCUUUCACAGAAGACCAUUUUCGGACAAAAUCUCGGAUGCCUACAGUCACGCUAGACGGAGACCGGCACCGAGCAAAGAGCAGAAUCCUUACAUGACUAGAGCCAAAUAUGAAGAGCAAAUGAGAUCUCAAAGAGCACGAAGCGUUGGUGCGGAACGUGGUGUGAUGCCAACUCGAUGGCAGAAGUUUUGUUUGGUGCUAACAAGAAUGUACCGGAAGCCCAGUGAUAUCCCGGAGUAUGUGGGGAACGGUACUAUGAAUCGGAUGCAUGACCGAAUGCGGGUGGUCUUCAUAUGUAUCGGUGUUGUCUGUUUCUUUGUCCUUGCCUUCUAUUUUGAAUCUCAGACGGCUAGCAAAAUUGCGCGUGAUCGUGAUUCAAUGGCUUCGAGGAGUAGAAUAGAUGUUGAUGGCCGUUCGAAUCGGUUGGGAAGUAAUAUUGCUACAUUUGUAUGUGAUCUGUUUGCAUCUGUCACCAAGACAUUGGUGUCAGUAAGGAUGUCACUGUCUCUAAAACGCCUACCCUCAUGCAUUCUCCUCUCUCGAUAUUCCCGCACUUGUCUGUCCUUCCGGGGUAUAUCAGACAGAAUUUCCAAUGCGUACAAUAAUACUCUCCAGAGGCAAGGACAGGCUUUGAAAGAAGGUGGAGGAGCCUACAUGACGAAGUCAAGAUUUUUGGAGGAAAUGCAACAUCAGAGAGUUCAGGAUGUCGGUGCUGAAUACGGUGAGAUGCCUAACAAGUGGCAGAAAUUUUGCCUGGUGCUAACGCGGAUGUAUCAUAGUCAGAGUGAAAUUCCUCAAUAUGUUAGGAGUGGUACGAUGAAUCGCAUGCACGAUCGUAUGCGCAUCGUAUUCAUCGCAGUUGCAGUGGCAUGCUUCUAUGUGUUCUUCUUUUACAUCGAACAUUCGACGGCUAGCAAAAUCUCCAAAGAUCGUGACGAUGCCAUGACCAAUGAGAAAUCACAGUAG